CCAUCACUAAGUCGCCAUUACGCUGUCCAAUUGUGAAUUUUCCGAACAAAUUGGGCUCGAUUUUCAAGCGAUUUUAGGAACCUCAGCCGCGAUCCAUCGCCGAAAGUUCUUGUUGAAACGGUGAAGUCAUGCUUGGAGCAUGACUGCUGCAAAUCUGGUGGCGAAUGGUGCUAGUCUGGAGGAUUGUCACUCGAAUUUGUUUGCACUGACCGACCUAAGCGGAAUCAAAUGGCGUAGCUACACGGCGACAAGCCAUGGGCCUCUCGUUGGCCCCCUCGACGACCCCGUUUUGCGGUCGUUCGCCAACUGUCUGGCAAACGAUAUAUUAAGCGUAUGGCGCAAGGUACCUGGGGUUAUACCCGACCCUAACAUCGAGACGCCACCCCCAGGGGCAAGCAACAGAUCUGAACUCUCCCGUACUCGCGAAUUAUGGGUAUAUUGGUACGGAGAAGAACCAGAUUUCACGGAUAUUAUUGCUGAUGAGCUGAAAGUGAAUGAGCCUUUGGAAGGAACCUGGGAUCAAGGUCUGACUUAUGAAUGCAGGACGCUUCUUUUUAAAGCAUUACAUAACUUACUAGAAAGGUGCCUCCUGAGUAGAAACUUUGUGCGGCUUGGUAAAUGGUUUGUACGUCCCUAUGGUCAAGACAGUGAGCAUGAUGACAGAAG